AUGAGAGAUAUACCUAGUUUAUCAUUACUAGCUCAGAUCAAACUCCAACAGAAUAUUAUAUUGUUGAAAGAUAUUGGACAAGUGCCUUAUCACAUAAUAAGACCAAUACUAUUUAAGAUCACAGAUUAUAAACAACUAGAUUUAUUGGAAUCUAGUAACCCUUUGAUAAUAAUAGAUGACGAUGAGGUAUGGUAUGCAUUAAUAAAAAAAGACUUUCCUAAUCAUGCACUGGAAAAUUAUUCCAUGCAUAAAGAUAAAAUUCUCUCAAGCUUAUUGAAAACUGUUUUUAAGUGCAAAGACAAAGAUUUACGUGAUUGGGUCAUUAAUAACCAGAUAAUACAAGCAAAGUAUAAUUCCUAUAACUUCGAAGCGUUGCACAGUAAUUCCAAUACUACCACUUCUCAACCCAUCAUUGAACGAUAUAAAAUACCUUCUAAACUUUUAUAUAUGAAGUAUAGACAGGAUAUAAAUAAAAGAGAGCAAGAAGCAGAGUUAAAGCUAAAGAAAACUAUCAAUGAUUUACAAAAGUCCAGACAGGAAAAUUCAAUAAUACACUUGAAAAAUGAUGAGGACAUUAAACAACAUUUGCCUAAAACUUCUUCAAGGGUUUUUAAAUAUCGGGGCGAUCAACAGCAAAACAAUACCAAAUCAAAACUUUUUCUAAAAUCCUUAAACGAAUGUAGACAGUAUAAACGGAAAUUUACAAAAAACUCGUUAAAUUCGUUGACGGGCACAUCAACUAUAAAACAGCUUAGCACAAAGAAUAUGGGUGUUAAUACGAACAAUAAUCCUUUAAUAAAUAACAAAAAAGACCAAAGUGCUUCGCCUAUAGUUGUUGUUGGUGGUGGUGGUGGUGAUGAUAAAAAAACUAAUACUAUUGGUAAGAAGACAUCAACUACAUCAGGAAGAAUACGACAGAGCUUGUCUAUGACAAAAAAUAAUUCUAUUGGAAAGUCUACUUCUAUGACUCCCUCCUUUUCGACCCCGUCUACCAAUACAUUAUUCAUACCAAGUAGAGAAACUAAGAAAAAAAAACUAACGAGCAUUUUCCAGAAAAAUAAGAAACCAAAUGUGGGAAGUGAUAAUUCUUAUCUUAUAACUGCUGCAAAUCCUACCGUCCGAAAUAAAGCAUCUGUGUAUAUUUAUAACAAUAAUGACAGAAGUACUAUAAAUAAGAAAAAGACAGAUGGAAACAGCUGA